AGAAAUCUCCUUUCCUUAACUGCACCAAUUGAUCACCGCACUCGGUCGCUUCACGACAGUCUGCGGCGACCCUCAGACCGUGUCGCCAUGAAUAGACAACAGAUCGUGCUGCGGCGGCUUUCUCAUGCUCGACCAUAUCAGACUCCUUCGGCAUCCGCCGUUGAGCUCUGCCCCCUCAUGUCGUCGCUUCGCCUUGCCUCUACUCGGCCCUUCCACAGCUCGUCGAUACGUUAUGCGCCUACCACAGUCGAAGGAAAAGCCACCACGAAAUCAAAGUCUGGGAAAUCAUCGGAAAUGCCAACUUCUGCGACUUUGACAGCAAGAGAACGAUUAAAGGUAGCAAGGAAGCGAGCAGCGGAAAGAAUAAAGGACGAACGCGCCGAACAGGAGCGGAAUUUCAAACUUGGAGGUCUAUCUUCUUCCAGCUUGUUUGGUGGUGAUCUUAUUGAACGCAAAGACACCGGUCCAAAGGAGGAUUUAUCAUUCGCAGAGCGUAACCCGGAGCAUAUGGCUCAGGCCCUCAAUCCUCGUCCCACUGCUCGGUCUAGAUGGCAGCGGAAAAUGGUAAUCAGAGACGUCAGGCGUCGUGGGCGGCCAAACAAGGAAAUGAGAAUAGCCCGGUCGGAACGAAAUCAUGUGUCUCGAUCACAUUUCUUCAAGACAUCCAUGAAAAAGUUGGCUCCUCUGGCUCGACAGAUUGCCGGCAAACCUAUCGAAGAAGCCAUUCUGCAGAUGAGAUUCUCCAAGAAGAAGGUGGCACAAGAAGUCCGACAACAUCUGAUGCAGGCUCGCAAUGAAGCCAUUGUUAUGAAAGGCAUGGGCCUGCAGUCUGUCACGGAGAACGAAGACGCGACAGUCGGCCAAGAUCCAAGCGCGACUCGACCUCUUCCACAUCAAACACAUUCCAAAGCGCUUAAGAAGGGCCACACUGCCGACGAAACCGACAUCUACAUCGCACAAGCCUGGACGAAUCGUGGCCCGUAUGGGAGCGAGCCAGAUUACCGAGCACGAGGUCGAGUCUUCAUGAUGCAUCCUCCAUACACAGGCAUCAGCGUGUUGUUGAAAGAAGAGAAGACAAGAACGAGGGAGAAAGCCGAAAAGGAGGCAAAGGCUCUGAGGAAGAGAAUGGGCAAGAACAUGUGGGUUCACUUGCCGGACAGGAGAGUCACUACUCAACGUCAACAUGUUUUGUGGUAGACAUAUGCUGUAUAAAAUGAUUUGUUUGCGGACUACGCAGCCUGUACAACCCACUCUGAUUCGGUGGAGAGAAGUUUAUGUCCUAGAGUAUCCGUGUUGCGCCAGAUUUUGUCAUAGACGACGAGCUUCAUUGUUUCAAACAACGUUGUCAUCUCAACAUUGCCGAU